AAACACACUGAUGUAAUUGGAUGUAAUUUUAUUUCAUAAAAAGAAGAAAACAAUGUUAAACAAUAAUUGCUUCUGACUUUGUCUGCUGAGAAUGGUGAAAAGAAAGCUAUGUGAUAAAGUGGAUAUAUAUUAUACUAUGAACCAUAAGUAGUUUUAAUGAAAACACAUAAAAUAAACAUUCCUGUUCUAACUUAUUGAGAUGGCACUUCGAGGAGCAUUAACGAGAGUUUAUAGCACCAGGGCUGCCUGUGCGCGAUGUCUUCUAAUUCCAGUGCGACACUGCCUAGUCCCUCAGAUUGUUCAAGACUCACACCAGAGAAGCAGAAGCAGAAAUUUUAACGUGAGAUAUACACUUGGCGCAGCUUCCAUGGGUCUCGCGCUGUUAGCUGCUGAUCAUAUAUUCAAUGAAAAGAAAUUUUUCAGAGCUGCCCAAGUUGGGAACAUACAAGAAAUCAAAAGACAGGUAGAGGCAAUUCGUGAUAGUGGUCAGCGGCACGGCGGCGGCGACGAGGACGAGGGCCCGGCAGACCGGCGGCACACGCUGGGCUGGACCGCGCUCAUGGUCGCCGCCGCCAACGACGAGCCCGCAGUCGUGCGGGAGCUGCUCGGGCUGGGCGCGCGCCCCGACCUGCGCGAGCAGUACGCCGGCGCGUCCGCGGCCGCCGCCGCCACCGGUCUGCACCCGCUCGAGGUGCUGCAGCGCCGCGAGGACGAGUUCUGCAGCGGUAUGAACGCGCGCGCCUCCUUUCUCGGCUGGACGGCGCUGCACUACGCGGCGCUCGCUGACUCGCCGGCGGCGGCGCGCGCGCUGCUGGAGGCGGGCGCAGACCCCACCGCGCGCGACCACGCCGGCCGCCGCGCGCUACACUACGCGCGCGAGCCCUCCGCCACGCGUGACCUCAUCGUCGAGCACUCGCGUCGCUGGGAUGAGCGCGCCGCAGCGCUCGCGACCGAGGAGCGGCGCCGUUUCCCGCUGGAGCGCCGCCUGCGAGCGCACAUCGUCGGCCAGACCGGCGCCAUCGAGACCGUCGCGGCCGCCGUCCGCCGCAAGGAGAGCGGCUGGGCGGACGACGAGCACCCUCUGGUGUUCCUUUUCCUGGGCAGCUCGGGCAUCGGCAAGACGGAGCUUGCGAAGCAGCUGGCGCGCUACGUGCAUCGCGACGACCCCGCCGCCUUCGUCCGGCUCGACAUGUCCGAGUACCAGGAGAAGCACGAGGUGGCGAAGCUGAUCGGCGCGCCGCCCGGCUACGUGGGCCACGACGAGGGCGGGCAGCUGACGCGUGCGCUGGCCCGCCGCGCCGAUGCCGUCGUGCUAUUCGACGAGGUGGACAAGGCGCACCCGGACGUGCUCACCGUGCUGCUGCAGCUGUUCGACGAGGGCCGCCUCACGGACGGCAAGGGGAAGCUCAUCGAGUGCAAGAACGCCAUCUUCGUGAUGACGUCCAACCUGGCGGCGGACGAGAUCGCGCAGUACGGGUUGCGGCUGCGGCGUGAGGCCGAGGUGCGCGCCCACCAGCGCCAGAUGCAGAUCCAGACUGACGCCGCCAACACCCCAAACAAAGAGCGCGCGGCGGACGCGGGGGGUGAAGGGGGUGAGGAGACCGAGGAGGAGGUGGAGGUGUCGCGGCAGUUUAAGGACAGUGUGGUGCGGCCGAUCCUCAAGCGGCACUUCGGGCGCGACGAGUUUCUUGGCCGCAUCAACGAGAUCGUGUACUUCCUGCCGUUUUCGCGGCAGGAGCUGCUGGCGCUGGUGGCGCGGGAGCUUGGCCUGUGGGCGGAGCGCGCGCGCGACCGCCACGGCGUCCACCUCAGCUGGGAGGGCGGCGUGCUGGGCGCGCUCGCCGACGGCUACGACGUGCACUACGGCGCGCGCAGCAUCAAGCACGAGGUGGAGAGGCGCGUGGCGGGUCGGCUGGCGCUGGCGGCGGAGCGCGGCGCGGUGUGUCGCGGCUGCAGCGUGCGGCUGGCGGCGAGCGGCGGCCGCGUGCACAUCGCCGUGCGAGCGCCGCACGACACCGACUACACGCCGCUCGAUCUGUAGUUGCCGAAUAAACGACGACACAUA